GUCAGCAGAGGGAUCUGAAGUGGAGCCUAUCAGGAGUCCAGCUGUUCUCUGGCGAGGGUCUGGACACGUGUGUGCGUGUCCUACAGAAGCUGUGCAGCGUGUUGCUGCAGCCAUGGCGUGUGCAUGGACACAUGGGCCCCACGCCGCAGCGCUGCAUGAUCCUCAGUAUCUGUAUCGGCACGCUGCGACUGCUGCGCACCAUGCUGACGGAGCUGCUGCGCGGAGGAGCUUUCCAAUUCAGGGACACUCGCGUGGCCAGCGUGUUGGUGACGCUCCACAUGAUCGUGUGCUCCAUCCCCGCGUCUGGACGUCUAGACGGAGAGGAGAUGAGAGUGCAGGCGCUCAUCGUGGAUGUACUGCUCACCUUCACACAGGGUGUUAAUGAAGAGGUGACUCAUACGGAAGAGACUCUGGCCAGCAACACUUGGUCUCUGAUGCUGAAGGAGGUUUUGGGUUCACUGCUGAAAGCUCCUGAAGGUCUUUUCUCUGGUCUGACGUUGCUGUCUGAGCUGCUGCCUCUUCCACUGCCAAUGCAGAGCACUCAGGUAACUUUCUCUGUCCUACUGGUCAAACAUCU